UGCUGUACAUUGGCGGAUUUCAGAAGCACAGCUGGAGGCGGAGAGUUCAGUGAUACAGAGAUGUGGAGUGGAUGUUGACAAUGUAGCCGCUUGUUUGGACAGUUUCGCUGUUAUCUUCGUUUGACUGUCGCCUGACCUGCAACUCUCCCUUGAUUCAUUUCGAAAUUGCACUUAAAUUCACUUUAACUUCGUUUACACAUCCAGGAACAGACACAGCGAUGAACUCUGGAAGCGACCGAGAACAUUUCACUUGGACGCUUUGAUCAUUUCCAGCGAUGGACAAGCAAAAAGUGCUGGCUCGGCUGGUUUCGGACCUACAGGCGUUCUUGCUGGUUCUGGACAGUGAGAAUCUCAGUUAUAUUGCUCAGGCCCAGAAAAAAUCCAUCUCAGAGCUGCUAUAUAAACUACAGGACAAUAAGGACACACCAGCAGAGGAUGCAGAGUACAUGAUUAUGAACUGUCCCUCUGGAGGCCCCAGUGAUCUCAGGGAAAGCACCACCGCUGAGGCUCAUUUGACAGAGGAACCUCUUUCAGUCACCUCUACUGAACGACUGCAGCAAGGGCAUCUUCUCUUCCGGACUCCAGCGACUCUUCACUCACCUCGCCAAAGUGUGUGCCCGGCUGCUCAUAUCCAUGACCUCCUCCAACCACCUGCAAAACAAAGAACUUCUAUAAGUUCUGCUGUCCCCCCACACCCCCCAUGUUUAGAGGAUGAGGACUGUUAUGAGGAGGCAGAACCGUUUGUCCCGGCCAGUCAGACUACAGAUAAAGUGGACUCAGACAGCAGUCAUUACGAGUCGUACGGUGAAGAGGAGGAAGAGUUUGUGAAGGACAGAGCUCACUACAUCCAGUGGAGCUCCUCUCAGCCCUGCUUAAGACCCGUGCCAGAGUCACGCAUUUGCGGAUACCUUUGGAGGAAGAAGUGGUUGGGUCAGUGGACCCGCCAGCUCUUCAUUAUUAAGCACGACUCACUACUGUGUUUUAAGUGUGCUAAAGACUUACACCCUCUACUGGAGCUAAACCUCACGGGUUGCUACGUGGUCUACAAAUCUAAAAACAGCAAGAAGAUGCAGCACGAGCUGAAGGUGGUGGCUAAUGCUGACACAGUCAUCUUGGGCUUCCAGAGCAGCACGCAGGCUGAAGAGUGGAGGAAGAUUAUAGAAGAAGUGAGUGGCUCCUCUUAUUAUGAACCUGAAUCCCAAAGCUCCUCAUCCAUCCUGAGAAGCGAGAGGCUGGACUCUUGCAGGUCAAGUACUGUCCUCCAUACAGACUCGGAUGAAGAGAAAAUAUCAAGUCUUCCGUCUGCAAUUAGCAGUGUGGAGAUUAAAGACAAAGACAGAGACUCUUCUGUCUCUCUCUGUCCACUGUCCUCAGCGGCCUUCCUGAACGUGCUGAUGAACUGUCAGUGGCAGAGUCUGUGGUGUCGAGUGGAGGACGGGGUUCUGAAGAUGUAUCGAGAUGAGGAGUCAGAAGAGACCCCUCAGUACACAGUUCAGCUCAGAGGGAGUGAGGUCCGUCCCGGCCCGGAUACAGCACAUGCUUACCGCAUUACCAUCACACAACACGGAGACCAGGUGGCUGUACUAGAGGCAAAUUGUGCAGAUGAUAAAGAGCAGUGGGUUCAGCUCCUGCAGGAUGGGAGUUCCACUGUAGCUGGUUCUCCAUAUCAACACACCAGCCACGAGUCACUGAGUGGUCUGAAAAGCCGCAAGUUCCCCACCUCAAACAUGUACAUGGACGACCCCUUUCAGCAGCUGUGUGGUGGAAUCCACUCUCAGCCCAUCUAUUCAAACUCAUCCAUACUUGAGCACAUGUUUCAGAAACCCUACACUGGUGGAAAUGGAGAAUUGGUGUCAUCCAAGGAUUCUGCCAACUACAGCAAUAAUGAAAUCUUCAGCAACCACAGUACAAAAGUGUUUGAGAUUGAGAGGGGAGUGCAGAAGCUGGACCUGACAGGAAAGAGUCGUGUGCAGUUACGAGCAGGGUCAGAGAUCAACCUUGUGAGCGUGGGGACGAAGCCAGCUAAACGGAAUUCCUUCAGACGGUCCCUUGCUUUCUGCACUGAACGAGCACAGGGGGGCUUUCUGACCCCACUCUUGAGAAGAACUGCCUCAGCAAAAAGCACCCUAAAGAAAGCUCCAUCUGCCCUGUUUAUCGAGCAUGGCAGGGUCUUCCAAAGGAGGAAGGAGUGGGAAACCAAAGCUUCAGGUUGACAUCAAGAAAAGAUUCUCCCAUAUUCCCCUCAUAUUGUCAGUAUAUUAUUGCACUGAAAAUAAUAUUCUUUCCAAGCAUGUGGAUCAUGCAGUGGUUUAGAUUUUUAAAGUUCUUUGUUAUUUUUUGGGGUCCUUGGUACUGUUAGGAAAAUAACCGAUCAAACAAACACUUUAGCGCCAUAUUCUGGUCAUAUACAAACUUUCAUCUUCACACACAGAGGGCUACAAAAUAGGGAGCAACUGCAAAAACAUUUUUAUAUUCCUAGUAAAUGUUUGUUGAGAUGAUGCUGAUGUACAUUUCUUCAGAAAUGUAAGAUAACUUUGACUCCAUCAUUUCAGGUAGAAUAACUAUGUGUAUAGAAUGGCACAUUUAAAUAAAGUGGAGUUUUACGUGUAUCAUCAUAGCACAAUAUUUAUCCUUAUGUAAAUCACUUUGCACUUGAACUCAACCUAAACUGUGUUUGCGGUUUUCAGGAAGGCAUUGUUAUGGUCAAAAUCAGGAAUCAUCAGUGUGAAGAUCAAACAGGAUAUGCUUAUAUCUAAAUGAUUAUUGAUUAUGAUUAUUGAAGAGUAAUUACCUCUUUCUUUUUUAUUUUCACAAGACUCACAAAUCUGUGGUAAUUUAUCAACAUUUGUACAGUUUAUUUCAGUUCACAUGCAGUAUAUUAUGUGUUGAGCUUUUUUUAAUAAUGUGCCAUAACCACGUUUUUUAUCCAUGUUUUUUAUGAAGCAUUGAUUUGUCAUCACAGCUGAAGAGAUUUUGCUGGUAUUGAUCCCACUUUAGGGAAGUUUUUUUUUCUGUAUAGUUUGGUAACUUCUUUAUGAUAGAAUGGCCUAAUAUUGCUGUACAAAUGACUGUGGAGAACAAAAACACCACUAAUGAGCAUAGUAUUUGUACAAUAAAUAAAGCAAUGCUGGAUAAAGCAUAAUUUA